UGUCAAUAGACUCUUAUUGAAUUCAGUCGCGACGCAUUGCUUUUGGGAAUAUAAAUAAGCUGACAUUGUUUGCGUUAGUUUUGAAGCAAAUAACACAAUUAAAAACAAACGGAUUAAUAUAUAGUUACAAACUACUCGAUGCGAACUUUCCAAGCGGCAGGAAGACGAAGUGACAUAAGCAGAUCGAAGCGAGUCAAGGUCAGCAAUGCUUGUCAACGUGGUCGCGCGCGGGAAACGCGCCUCGUGCUAGAGUGUCGUCUGGUGUUCGCGUCUCGUGCUAGAGUGUCGUCUGGUGUUCGGAAAAAUAAGCUACUUCGAUAGUUUCGGUUUUACCACUUUAUUAGACGUCUUUUGCCCGGCGCCAUGUCUUCGAGGUCGUCUGCGACGGGUACCAGCUGUCCACAGGACAACAUCCUGUGCUGCCCGGUGUGCAUGGACGUCUACAAGAGUCCCAGGAUGCUGCCCUGUCAGCACACGCUGUGCGAAACGUGCCUUCAUUCAUACAUCGUGAAUAAGUCGCGUGAACGCGUGCUCGUGUCGGACUUCCCGUGCCCGGUGUGCCGCGCGAGUACGCCGGCACCACGUGCCUUCACGAGGAUUGACACCUGGGCGUCGCUGUUCCCGCUCAACCAUCUGCUCGUCUCCCUGCUGGACUCCAGCUUUCAGGAACUCCUCGAGCGCGCCGAGACCUGCUCGAACGCCAGCGUCGCCGGGGACCGCUGCAGCGCGCAUGCGGGCAAACCCAUCGAGUUCUUCUGUACGGAGCACGGCGUGAAGAUCUGCAGCAAAUGCUUCAAGAACAACCACCGUCAGUGCGACGUUCUCGACAUCGAGGAACACGUGGAGCUGACGUCACGCUUCAACGUCGUAAAGAGCGACGUCGAAAACGUCUUAGAGUACCUGAACGAGGCUAUAACGCAGCUCCAGUCCAACAUCGACCAGCUGUGCUCGCAGAAAAGCAGCAUACUGGCCGAGGUGCAGGAGCUCCGCGGGAAAGUCGAGACCCUCUUCAACGCCAUCGAGAGCGAGAUUGUCAAUAACGUCAACGUGCAACAUGAUGGCGAGGUUGAAGCGUUGACGGCUCAGUGUGAGAAGUAUGAGCGAAUCAAGUCUCAGCUCGCCGCAUCGGAGAGGACGCUUACUGAUUUGCCAAUGGCUGGAAACGUAUCCGAGACGCUGGACCGUAUAACCGCCAUAGAACGCGACAUAAAGGAACACUUGGCGACGAUUCGAAGCUGCCACGCAGGCAUUCGGCAGAUAAAACUGGAGUUUUCCAUCGAUGGGCAGCUGAUUUCCUUCCUCAACUCGUUUACUCAGAUUGGCAAUAUUAACUCGAAUUACUUCGAGUCCAACCUCCCCGAUCCUCCAGAGCUGAACGCGCGUGACAACGCCGGAAGUGAGAAUUUCAUGCCCUCGACACGUGAUACGUCACGUGAUACAUCCAUGACAUCGGAAGACCUACAGCCUAGCAGUCCGCCGGUAAGGCACGUGUCUCCACGUGCGAUAUUUAUUUCCCGCUCGAACAUGUCAAGCACUUCUUCGAGCUCCUCUACCGCUACGACCACAGCAACCACUUCCUUCGCCAACAGCGCCAUCCAGUGCACCACAAGCCACAUUGAUGCAAACAUUCCCCCUCGCCAUUCCAAGGAACCAAAGCGCCCUAAAACCGUUCCGAUCGAAUCUAACGCCCCGACCCCAGUGGUCCGACCCAGGCCCGAGCGCCCCGGAACUCGGGACGGUAUUCCCAAUUUCAUACCGCGGUCCUGCUCAAGCCCGGUAACAAGUUCACUCGGUGCGAGCUCCAGCUCGAAUCCGUCAGAGAGUUCAACUGAUGGUAUUCAACAGCAAGCUUCCUGCAACGAAAACGUGGACGAUUCGACUCACGGCGCCGUUGCUUCAAAGUCCGUUGUUUGUUCAACCCUGAGUUCCUUGGGAGCGGCGGCGGUGACCGGCAGGAAACUGCUCGUGGAUAAACCGAAACACCGCGCAUGGCAGUACGUCAAUAUGGUAUCCGGCUCCGGCGUCGGCGAUAGUUCUUUACUGCGGAGGAAUUCCGAGAAGGGUGAUGCGGUCGACGACGCCGGUGUCGUCAAACAGCUAUUCCGACACAGAUCAUCGUCAGCGUCCGACGGCGAGCGUGAGCGAUUACCCGAGCAACCGUUCACCGUCGCAGACGACACGUUUGCAACGAGCGUCAAUGCUGCGACGUCGUCCUUCAACCAAAUUAUCAGGAGUUUCCAGAAUAAGCUAACGCCGACACAGCGAGAGACCGAAUCAGCGCCGGUUUACGAGAAUUCUGUUCUUGCCUCCGUCGCCUCACCGCCAACCAGCGAUCGCCAGUUUACCUUCACGUUACCAAAUACCACCGCGACGAUGAGCCUAAGUAACCCGAAACACUGCUCGCGCAUGAAGGAUAUCAACGUCCGAAUAGAAAGUGACGUGAGAGAGUGUACAAUAACCGGAUCCGUGGAAAUGGCUGACAGGCGUCUGGUUCUAAUCGAUUGUAACAACAGCAAAGUUAAGCUGUUUAACACCGAUAUUGCAUAUGUGGCACACCUGGACAUGACGAAAGAACCAUGGAACGUCGCGACCAUGUCACCCAACGAAAUUGCCGUCACUGUGCCUCUAGAAAAAACGAUCCACGUCGUCCGCGUCGCGUCCGCGUCCAUGAGCACGUUGCGUUGCAUUGCAACCCGCCGGGAAUGCUGGGGCGUCGCCUACAUCGACCGGAAGUUCAUCACCACCACAAAAGACGAUGGAAACCAGGUUUCGUUCCUCGAUGACAACGGAAGAGAGCUGCAGGUCGUGAAUUUCGCCUCUCGGGAAAACCCAAACAUUCUGCGACCGGUCUCGCUUUCUGUUUCAAACGACGGCGCCAUCGUUUACGUCUGCUGCGAGGGUCAGUCUGGAACUAAAGGGUCUCUUGUGCGCAUGUCCUCGCGAGGCGACGUUCUCUACGUCUUUGCAAACAAGGAUUUGGACAGGCCGUAUAGUGCUGCGCCCGACGCCAACAACGAGCACGUGUUCGUCACAGCAAUUCGGUCGGCUAACGUGCUUAUGCUCUCGGAGGGCGGGGCUUCGGUCCUGAGUCUUCUCACACGUAACAACGGACUGACACGCCCACAGCAUCUGCACGUGACGUCAUGGGACGGGAAGACGGUACUCAUAAUUACUGAACGCAGGUCUGACAAGGCAUUUGUUUACUGCGUGAAAUAAAAUCACAGUUUGUGUAAUUAGUUAAAUAAAAACAGUGAGUGAAAUACGCAAAAUAAGCACCGUGUUUUUGAACUACGUAACUAUAAAAAAUCACUACAUUGUCUUAGACAUUAAAUGAAUAUGUUUUGUUGACAUGUGUUCUUAUGUCCAUGUCAAUACAGUGUGUGUAUUUUGAUGUUUUGAAACGAUGCGGCAAUUCAUAUAACAAUUAAAAAGUACCCAUGAACAGCAACACAAACGUUUUGCUAAACAACCACGGGUUUCAAAAUGCAUUCCAGGCUAAUAAAAUGGCCGUUGGAAUUGCACUCAAAAACUAUUGUAGAUCUGAUGAAAUUCUGAUAUUUUUUCGGUGCCGAAUACUUUCUAAUGCCCCAGUUAGUUUGCGUUUUGUUCCACAGUUGACAUUGCAUACCAGUAUUUUUGUUUGUAAUGCCUUUUGUACGUUUUAUAGGAAUGUAACGAGAGAAGUUAAGAUCAAUGUUGUGUUUUUUGUGGUUUUUUUAAUUACGUCUGAUUAUGCUUCAUUUAAGGUUCUUUGUAAAUAAAAAUGUUAUAAAUAAAUGAAAAUGUUAUGUUCUACUAAUAAUGUCCAUUAGAUUUCUAUACGUGGGACCAGUAUGUUUUAGCGCAAGAUUGCUAGCUGUUUCAUUGGAUUUUCUCACAAUUUGACAUAGAAAAAUUUGAUCUGAAAUAAAAAUGAAAUACCAGGGGUAGUUACAGAUUAUGCCAAACCAUAUCUUGGUCAGCACUACACUACACUAUUGUGUUGGCUGUCAUGUUUGGUAUAGGGAUUGAUGUUUGGUUAUUGUGCCAUUGGUCUGUUUGUCUAUUGCAUGAUUGUAUUUUGUCACUGUACAUGAAAUAUGCACAAAAAUAAAAUAAAGACUUAAACCUUG